CACGUGGCAGUACAAAAUGAUUAAAAACAGGUAGAUUGUUCUGCUUGAUUCAUAUUUCACAAAAUGCAAUAUUGGUCUUUAGCCUAGUGUGGUUGCAUAGAACAUAUUGUCUAAACAUUUUUGGCUUGACUUCCCCUUGAAGCAUCUUAUUGUAUUGUCAGCAGGGUAAAAGAUGUGAAAAUGAACACGGACACACCGCAUAUUGGAAACCAUGCACACAAAUGAUAAUAAUUUCAAUGGCCCGCCUUGUCACUGUAAUCUUAUUUGAUAGCUCUUCUGCAUGAUGAAUCAAAUGAAUGCAUAAGUGUGGCUGAGAUCAUAUCUCUCACACGUCCUCUUUUUUGGCAUCAAAGGUUUAUUAGUACAUUUGGAUAAAUGCACUUUUCUUCUGCGGCCUGACUGUCUGUGUCAUUAUGUUCCAAUGAUUGUGAAUGUGUUAUUUUUAGAUGGAAGAAAGAAAUUGCAACAAGGGUGAAGGAAAUGAGAUUAAACAAAGGGAGGGGGGACAUAAACAGAGAGAGGAGACAGCAGUGAAGACGGGGUCGUGCUGGACUUUCAGCCACUUGAACGUCCUGCUGCUUUACACGCAGGUCGCUCCUGUCAUUACUGAGGAGGAGAAGGAAAACAUUUUUGGGUUGAUUAUUCAAAUAUCCAGAUUAUUUCCAGCGCUGGAAAUUGAAGUGACUUUUUUUCUCCAAGUCACCAACAAUCUACUGAAGUGACACUGAAAUUGCGAGCAUGAGGACGUUGGGCUUGUGCUUCUGCCUGGCUCUGCUGCUGCCUUGCGGGAUCCACGCUCAGGGGGGCAGUCAGAAGGCAGAAGUCGCUGACUUCGACGAGGCCAUCAGGAGAGGCGCGCUGGCAGUCGACAUCAUAAACCGCGGCGGGGUGUUGAACACGUUGCUCCGCUCCGAGCAUCGCGUGCUUCUGCGGCCGGUGCGAGCUCCGCAGGUGCCCAAGAGAACCCAGCCGGGAUCCCGCUUCGCCCUGUCCCUUGAUGUCCCCACCAGUAUUCUCAGCGUCCUCAUAGAUCUGGCCAAGAACCAGGACAUGAGGACCAAAGCGGCAGCCAAUGCAGAACUGAUGGCGCGGGUUGGCAAGAAGAAAUAGCAUGCCAGAAAAGGGGGGCGGGGCAGACCUGCAAAGCGAGAAAAAUAAAAUAAAAUAAUAAUUUUGAUGCACUUCAUCACUGACAGCAGCUCAGAUACAAUUUGAGCCCGUCACUAGUUAAUAUGCACUUUGACCGGGUCACAUUUCUCAGCAGAAAUUCCUUGUGUUUUUGCAUGUCAUUAAUUCCAGCAAAACGUAUUACAUUAAAUAUGAUGAUAUUUAUUUAUUUAUAUUAAGUCUUGUUCAUUUUACUGUGCAUCGAUAAGCAUCAGGAACCAUUAAAAACAAAUGAAACAUAGAGCUUCCAUAUUAGCCUUUGUCUACAAUACUUGGGCAAGGUUUAGUUUAUGUGUGCUAUCCACUGAAGACCAUUUCGCUGCGUGAUUCAUCUGCACAGCAUGAGCAUGACAUAUGAUUUUACAGAGUGAAAUAAACUGCUCAUCUAGUUCACUCUGGACUUUGUGACCUCCAGACUAUUACUUAAAGCUCACAAAAGCGGCAGAAAAAUAGCUAACAAGCGGAAAUGAUGAAAUCAAAACGAUAUUUCUGUUAGACAUCAUUGUCACAGGUGUUUUAUUCA